AUGUUGUCAUUUAGAACUGCUACAUCAUUGCUCACAAGCAGAGUCUCAACCAUGAGAUUCACUAGAUUAUACUCUUCAUCUGCAGUUGCCAACAACGAUUCAAGCUAUUUGGAAUCAUUGAACAAGCCAAACCUGACAAAGAAGUCAUUAGAUGAGGUGUUUGCAAAGGUUAACCAAGUGGUUGGCGCACCAGUGUACGACACAUUGAUUCAGAGAUACAACGCACUUGGUGAGGUGAUGGCAUGCGUCUCAGUGGCCAACUUUGCAAAGAUCAACAACAUCACUCUGUCAGAGUCAUCCUAUGACAUUAUCCAGGAGCACGUCGAGGACAAGAACGUCAAGCAGGAGGACGACACAGACUUCUCAAAGCUCAAUCACAUCUACGACGACUUCCUCAAAUACAAGGAGGCCAACACCCGACGACCAUGGUUGAACCAACCAAGAUCUUAA